AUGCAGUUCACUUCUGUCACCAUCUUUGCAUUAAACGCUUUCUUUUCAUCACAAGUCAAUGCUCUUCCAUCGAGCUCUAGUGUUGAUCAGACCUCAACACUCCAUACUCGAGACAUCAAUGCACCUCUCAGGAGACGCUCCGUAGUCAAACAGCGUGACAUUCCUGCUCCUAUCCUCGCCGCUCUUGGAGUCCAGCCAGCCCAACCCGCUCAACCUGCCCAAACUGCUCAAACUGUCCAAACUACGAACAAAGCAGUAAACCAGACCAAGAACACUCGACGAUCACUCAAACCACGUGAUAUUCCUGCACCUGUUCUAGCAGCUCUGGGCAUCCAAGCUGCUCAACCUGCUCAACCUGCUCAACCCGCCCAACCUGCUCAAACUGUCCAAACUACGAACAAAGCAGUGAACCAGACCAAGAACACCCGACGAUCACUUCUGAAUCAGCGUGAUAUUCCUGCUCCUAUCCUCGCCGCUCUCGGCGUCCAGCCUGCGCAACCCGCUCAGGCUGCCCAACCAGCUCAAACUGUCCAAACUACGAACAAAGCAGUCAAUCAAACCAAGAACACUCGACGAGCACUCAAUCAGCGUGAUAUCCCUGCUCCUAUCCUUGCAGCUCUUGGAGUCCAGCCCGCCCAGCCCGCUCAACCGGCUCAAGUUGCCCAACCUGCUCAAACCGCCAACAAAGCAGUCAACCAGACCAAGACCACCCGACGAGCACUCAACCAACGAGAUAUUCCUGCUCCUAUCCUCGCCGCUCUAGGAGUCCAGCCAGCCCAACCCGCUCAACCUGCUCAACCUGCCCAAACUGUCCAAACUACGAACAAAGCAGUAAACCAGACCAAGAACACUCGACGAUCACUCAAACCACGUGAUAUUCCUGCACCUGUUCUAGCUGCUCUGGGCAUCCAAGCUGCUCAACCCGCCCAACCCGCUCAAGCUGUCCAACCUGCUCAGACAGCAAACAAAGCAGUCAACCAGACGAAGAACACUCGACGAGCACUCAACCAACGUGAUAUCCCUGCUCCUAUCCUUGCCGCCCUUGGAAUCCAGCCUGCCCAGCCUGCUCAACCCGCUCAACCCGCUCAAGCCGCUCAAGCUGCCCAAACUGUUCAAACUACGAACAAAGCAGUCAACCAGACCAAGACCACCCGACGAGCACUCAACCAACGAGAUAUUCCUGCACCUGUUCUAGCAGCUCUUGGCAUCCAAGCUGCCCAACCUGCUCAACCCGCUCAAUCUGCUCAAACUGUCCAAACUACCAACAAAGCAGUGAACCAGACCAAGACCACCCGACGAGCACUCAACCAACGUGAUAUUCCUGCACCUGUUCUAGCAGCUCUUGGAAUCCAGCCUGCCCAGCCCGCUCAGCCUGCCCAACCUGCUCAAGCUGCUCAAGCUGCCCAAACUGUUCAAACCACAAACAAAGCAGUUAACCAAACCAAGAACACUAGACGAGACAUUCCUGCUCCAAUCCUAGCCGCACUUGGUGUACAAGCAGCCCAGAAAAAUGGAACCUCAACACCCAACUAA